AUGGCCUUAUGCGCUGGAUGUAAACAAAGUGUACAAAACAGAGAACGUUUAAUAUGUACGUUAUGCAAAAGCGCAUACGAUUUAGAGUGCGCGAAUGUUACCAGGGAGCGCUUUAAUUUAAUGACACGUGAGCUCAAAAAAGCUUUGAAGUGCCAGGCCUGCCGAUGUAAAAUGCCCAAAGGAAACAACACAAAUACACCCAUACGUCAACAAGAACUUGAGUCUGCACUAACAUUGAACACACCCGAAGAAAAAACUAAUAUCACUAUCAGGAAAAGGGUUGCAAACACCAUAUGCGAUAGUAUGGACUCGGCAGAUCAAUGCUUGCUGGGAGAUACACUAUACGCUGAAGGGAGGGAUGCGGUUUUACACACACAAACAGAACUUACACUCCAAAAUUUUAAUGAACUCAUAAUACAACGCUUGAAAGAAAACAACAACUUAAUAAUAACAGAGCUAAAGCAUACCUUACACAAUGAAAUAAGAAAGGCAAUUGGUGAAUUACGAGAAGAAGUAGAACGUAAAUUUCAAUCUUUGUCUACACAAAACGAGCAAAGAAUAGAAGAUAUGAAACAAAUAAAUAGUGAAAUAAAUAAAUUAAUAUUGGAGAACGAAACUCUGAAGCAAGAAAUAAAAAACUUAUCGCCAUCGGAAAUGACUUCAUCCACAAUAAAAUGUACGGAAACCAACACCAGAAAAUAG